AUGGAUAAUGAUGAUAUUGAAAAAUAUAUUCAACAUAUAAUCGAUACAAAAGAAACAAGUUUAAAUUUAAGUAAUCGUUCUUUACGUGCUGUACCAUUUUCUGUUAGUUUGUGUACACAUCUUCAAAAUCUCUAUUUAAAUAAUAAUGAACUUAUUAUUCCACCUAGUGAACAAUUAGCAUUAUUAAAUAAUUUAGAAACACUUUCAUUAGAACAGAAUCAAUUAACAAUUUUACCAGAUACAUUAUGGCAUAUAAUAUCUUUAAUACGUUUAAAUCUUAGUCAUAAUCCACUUGGUCAAAUAUCAUCUGAUUUAGGUCAAUUGAAAAAUCUACAUGAAUUAUGGUUAACAAAUAUAAAUUUGUAUGAUAUACCAUUGAAUAUAUUUGUUAAUUUAAAUCUAUUAGAAAAAUUAUCAUUAAAAUCAAAUCAUUUACGACGAUUACCGAGUGAUAUAGGUCAUUUAUUAGAAUUACGUUGGUUAUGUAUUGAAGAUAAUGAGUUAAAUGAUUUACCAGAUUGUCUACAAGAUUGUGUAAAUUUAUCAUAUUUAAAUUUAAAUGGAAAUCAUAUCGUUCAUAUACCAUCUGUUAUUGGAAAAAUUUCAUCAUUAAAUAUUAUUUGUCUACAACGAAAUGCUAUUGCAGAAGUUAAUGAUGAUACGUUAAUGAUGUUUUCAAAUAUGACGAAAGUAGAUUUAAGAGAAAAUCCAUUAGUUGAUAAACCAAAACAUUGGAAAGGUUUAGAAUUUAUCAAAGUUGGACGUUGUAUUGAUGUAACUUCAUACAAUGAAGAGAAUGAUAUUGCUGAUAAUAACUCAGAAUCAGAUGAUUCUAGUCAAGAUGACAAUCAAAUUCGUAAUGAACUCGAAGAUGAACAAAUAAAAACGAAAAACUUAACUGAAGAACUUGAUCAAUAUAAAAUCAAAGAAGCAAAACUUCAACAAGAACUUAAUACAACUCGUGAAUCAUCUGAAUGUUUAACAUUACAAAAUGAUUCAUUAAAAGAAUCAUGUAAAAAUUUACAAGAUGAAUUAUUGAAUGUUAAACAAGAUUUACUGAAUAAACUAAAUGUGUUACAAAAUACUAUUGAAAAUCUUCAAAAUGAAAAACAAUCAUAUGAACAAGAAAAUAUUGAAUUAAAACAAUCGAUCAAUAAAGAACAAGUCGAAGAUGAACUUGCUCAAUUAUCAAAAGAAAAUGAAGAACAACGACAUGAAAUUAUUAAUCUUCGAGAAAAUCUACAGACAUAUGAACAAUUAAAAGAUCAACUAGCUGAAGAAAGACGACAAAUUGUUAGUCUUGAAGAAAAUGUUCGUUCUACUGAAGAACAGUUACAUGAACAACAACAAGAAGUUCUUAAACUCAAAGAAAGUCUUCUUUCUUUUGAUCAAUUGAAGGAACAAUUAUUAGAACGAGAGGAACAAACUGUUAACUUAGAGAAAAGUCUACGGUCUUCCGAAGAUCAACUAGCAGAACAACAACAAAAAAUCACUACUCUUGAAGACAAUAUUCGUUCAUCGGAACAAUCUACAGGUCAACAAGCAGAACAGCAACAAAUGAUAUCUACUCUCGAAGAAACCAUUCGUUCCUCUAAGGAUCAGAUCGAUGAACAACAACGAGUGAUUGCUAGUCUUGAAGGUCAACUAGCAGAGCAACAUCAAAAAAUAACUGAUCUCGAAGAGGAUAUUCAAAAUAUUCGUUCAUCUGAACACUCUAAAGAUCAACUUGAUGAACAACAACGAGUGAUUACCAGUCUUGAAGAUAAACUUCGUUCGUCUGAAAAUCAACUAGUAGAACAACAACAAAAGAUAUCAACUCUCGAAGAAAAUAUUCGUUCAUCUCAAGAUCAGUUAGCAGAACAACAGCAAAAGAUUUCUAUUCUUGAAGAGAGUCUUCAAUCUUCUGAACAGUUAAAAGAACAACUAGCAGAAGCACGUGUUAAAAUCAAUGAUUUAAAAAAUAUAAUCAAUGAAGAUAGAAAUAAAUUGGAACAACUUGAAUCUUCAUAUAACGAACUUCAACAAAAAUAUCUUGUGUUUGAGCAAAUCAAAUCUGAAUAUGAUUUAUUACAAGACAAAUUCAAUACAUUAGAUAUUCAAUUAAAAGAACAACAAGAAAUAAACGAUAAAUUAAAACUCGAACGUGAAGAAAACAUUCGUUUAUUUGAAUCAGAAAUUGAACAACAAAAACAAUUACUCAAUGAUAAAAAUCAAAGUCAAGAUGAACGUUGUUUAUCAUUAUCAAAACAAAUACAACAAUUAACUGAUUUACUUGAUACAAAAAUAAACGAAAAUAAAGAUUUAAAUGAUAUAAAACUUCAAUUAGAAAAUGAUCUGAAAGAUGAUAAACAAAUGCUUUUCGAAACAACUAAACAAGCAGAUGAUCUUGAUCGACAAUUACAAAAAACAAAUAAUCAAUAUGAAGAUUUAAAAUCCAAAUUUGAAAAACAACAAUCAGAAUAUAUACAGAUUAAUGAUAAUUUAAGACAAGAAUUACAAAAUAAUAAAUUAAAUUUCGAUCAAAUAAUGAAAACAAAUAACGAUAAAAUUCAAAUUGAAAAGCAAUUGCAACAAACAAUUACAACUCUUCAAGAAGAAUUAGAAACAACUAAAAUUAAUGUUCAAAACUAUCAAUCGAAAUAUGCUGAAGAAAAACAAUUAUCUGUUGAAAAUGAUCAAAAUCAAAUAAUUAAUCUUCAACAAGAAAAUGAAAAGCUAAAUAAUACUAUUAAUGAAUUAAAUGAAAAAAUCUCAAAACAAACAAUUGAAACCGAUGAUCUCAAAGAAAAACAACAAAAACUAAAACUUUUAUUAGCACGUCUGAAAAAAGAAUUAAAUGAAAAAAAUCAACAACCAAAACAAAGUUUAAUCGAUCUUGAAUUAGCUGAUUAUGAAAAAACAAUAAAAACAUUGAAAGAUGAUUUAACAAAUAAAGAUAAAGAAAUUCAAAUAUUAAAUGAUGAUUUAAAAAAUACUAAUGAAAAAAUUGCUUCUUUUCAACAAGAAAUUGAAAAUUUCGAACAACAAAAACAACAAAAUGAUGAACGUACAAAUAAAUUACAAAUCUUAUUUGAUACAACUAAAAAUGAAUUAGAAAAUGCAAAACUUCUUGAACAAGAAAGAUAUCAAAAUGAUGAUAAUGUACGAAUAUUAAUUGAUAAAUUACAAAUUGAUUUAGAUAAUCAUAAAGUUAUUGUUAGUCAAUUACAUUCGGAAAAACAACAAUUAAUUGAACGGUUAAAUAGUCAAAAUGAAACAACUCAACGAACUAUUAAUCUACUUGAACAAAAUCUACGUAUUGCAACACAUGAUUUAGAUAUUUCCAAACAGGAUUAUGAUACUCUUCAAGAUGAUUUCAAUAAUUACAAAAUUCGAGCACAGAGUGUACUCAAACAACAGCAAUCUGUUCAACCUGCACGUGCUUCAUCAUCAUCAGCCGAUAAACAAACUGAAUUAGAAGAAAAAAUUGAAAAAUUAAAAGCUACUCUUCAAGAAGCACAUGAUAAAAUACAUUUAUUAAGAUCUGAAAAUGAAGCAUUACAUAAAGAACAAGAUCGUUUAACUGAAAUGCAAACAAAAUUAGUAAAUGAUUCAAGAAAACGUGAACAAGAUCUUCGAAAACAACAUGAAACAGAACUUGAUAAAAUGGAAAAAGAAUGUUUGAAACGAACGAAUGAUAGUCAUGAUAUGAUGAAAGAUGUCACAAUUCAAAAUGAAACACUGUCUUCAACAUUUAAAGAACAAAUAAGUGCAAUAGAAGCUGAUCAUGAACGUUCAAUAGCAAUUCUACAAAAUCAAUUACAAUCAUCAAGACAAGAAAUAGAACAAUUAAAAAAUCGUAUUGAUGUAUUACGACAAAAUAGUAAUGAAAAUGAAAAAGAUAUACCUCAAGCUGCAGUUAUUAAUGAAUUCAGUAAAGAUGACUUACCAUGGACUAAUGUAGAACGUCAACAAGGAGAGGGAUCUGAAUCAGCAAGUACUGAUAAUCAAUCGACAGAUGUAGCUGUUAAAACUUUAGAAAAUGUUUUAUUUGGUAAUAAUACAAAUGCUCGAUCUUCACCAUCGAAUAUAGAUAAACCUCGUCAUGUACUUUUCGAAGAUGCGGAACUCGAACGACAACGUAUUGAAGAAGAAUUAAGUAAAACAAGAUAUCGUUUACUUAAUACAACUGAACUUCUUAAUGAAUCCGAAUUAAAUAAUGUACGUUUAAGUGAACAAGUUGCCUUACUUAAAGAAGAAAUACGACGUAUGGAACGAAAUAUCGAUCGUACUGAAUCAAUAUCAAAUUUAGAAUAUCUUAAAAAUAUAAUUUUAAAAUUUUUUAUAUUAAAAUCAACCUUUGAACGUUUACAAUUAAUACCCGUUCUUGUAACAAUGCUUAAAUUAAGUCCUGAUGAGCAAGCUAAACUUGUUCGUGUUGCACAACAGACAUCAUCAAUUGAUGAUUCAUCAUUGAAUCCAAAUGAACCUAAUACACAACAAGUUACAAAUAAUAAUUCAAAUCCUUCUUCUUCUGCGUGGAGUUCUUAUUUAAAUAUUUGGUGA